UCGGUGCCGGGUUUUUUAUUUGAUAAAUUAUCGAUUUCGAAGGCUUCCGUUUGCACAUCUCCAACACGGCGAAGUUUGCAAGUCGAGUGUCGAUUUGUUCUUUACACUUAAAAUGUUCAACGAUAGCAAACGCUUCCAAAGUCGCAACCAUGGUCCAUUCCGCGAUGCACCAAAUUCCGUCGGCAUGCUGCCGGACAUGGCGACCGGACGGAGCGAGAUCGAGAAAUGUUUUCCCUAUUCCAUCCUGUCGAAGAAGCACGAAUUGCUGCAGGCCGUCGGUGGUGCUGGUGGUACCAUUGCGGGAAUAAAACCCUCCCAGCCGGCCCCUUCUGCCCCAUCAUCUGCCACCCAUCCUGCGAGCUAUCUCGGGGCCGCACUGCUGCCGGUGGUGGCAACGGCCGGUUUGAGAGAGGGCACAACAGUGCCCGGUGGUACGGUGGGUGUGAUUAAUCCCGCAGCGACCACCGGCACCGGCACGUACGAACCGAUAGCGGAUGUAAAUGGGUUUUACGGCAACGCGAUGGUGACCGAUGUGGGCAUUUGCUUCAGCAUGAGCAACGUGAACCUAAACGGGCACGCUCCGACAAUACCGCUCGCUCCGUGCGCGGAUGCGGCACGCCUAAAGCCAGCCCACUUCUUACCGAAACGAUCGGCACUCGAGCGCCGCAAAUCGUACGAAGAUCCCGGGCCGGAAACGGCGCUGCUGAAUGCGCGUCGGCGUGCGGCAGCGUUCGUACCGGUGGCGGCCAACGCUGGGCGGCUCAAUCCGAGACACAUGCUGGGGGCGACGGCGCAACCCGCGUCCAGCUCUGUGUCGCCUCUUCAUCAUCGCCAACAGCAACCGUCUUUCUUUCCCGCGUCGACGGUGUAUCCUCUGGCGCAUCAUCCGGCCGCUAUCGUGCUGCCGAAUCAGCCACAGUUGCCAAACAUUCACCAGCCAGCGGUGCCACAGCCACUGCCACGGCAGCGAUCGCUCGGGUUGGUCGGUAAAAGUGCGUACGGUAUUGUUCGCUCGACUAGUUCGGAUCGGUCGGAUCGGAUCGCAGCUGUGGCCGGUUCUGCGUCUACGCUUGGCACGUUGGGAGGCGGUCUUGGUAUGGCUCGAUCGUCUCCGCCAUACUUCAAGCAACCGCCCGGUGGAGCGAAACCGACGUCGGUUGGCUACUAUCCGCCCCCGACCACAGCGCCGAGUGCGGUCAGUUCGUCACCGUACGGGAACUCCGCAAUACCAGCCCCUGGCCAUGUGCCCGCAGGUGGAUAUCACCAUCGGGCGAACGUCCGGAAAUGCUUGCCGCUAGCGACCGCAAUUCCUCUUGCCGACGGACCUCCAGCAGGGGCCGGUUACGAGUACUAUCGGUACGCGAUCGAGACGGCGGAAAGCGUUGGCAAGUUCAACCCCGGUGGCUCCACAAUCCCACAAGCACCGCUUGAUGAUAAUCCCCAGGGUAACGCCACCGGCCCCCUAAUGGACUACAACGGGUUGCAUCAACUGUUUCUGAAGUGUUGUUACGGCGAAAUGAAACUGUUGCCACCGUCGGCGGCGGCGGCGGGUUCCGUGCCGCCAAAUCCGGCCACCGUCUUGGCGACAAACGCAUCAGCUCCAACAUCAACCGGCACGAGUCUGUCGGGCGAUUCGCCCGCGAAUGCGUACGAAUUUGACGGUUCGCUAUCGAGCGAGGCGGUGGAUCCAUCAUCUGCCACCAGACACUACCCGCUAACGAGCCAAUCCUGCCCCAGCUCUCCGAAUGGGCCCCACCACUGCCACGUUGUAUCGCCCGCACUGCCAACGACGACGAUUCCGUCCGCCUGCUCAACGCCGAACGACGGUGGCAGGCUGUCGGCGAAACAGGAUCGGGUGGAAACGAGCGACCCGAUGGAGGUCUGCAGCGAAGCGGACGAGGAAAUGCAUGCAAACGAUGCCGCGAACCGAGUGGAUGAUUAUGAUGAACCGAAGGAUUUCAGCAUGAAAACGGUUGGCGGUAAUGGGAAUGGAUGGCCGACGGGUGAUAAGACGGUGUCGCAGCAGCAGAUGAACGAUGGCGGCAAACAGCUGUCGAAAGCGCUUGAGGAUUGUAACCGAAAGGAGCUGAAGGCAGCACCGAAGAAGAAGUGGAUAAGGCAUUACAUGAAUGACGAACCGCUUGCCAAUGGUCAUUCCACGGCACCACCGCUGGUCGUGAUCGCCACCAACGGUACCCAGCACCAUUCGAAGCAUCUGACCGUCAACCAUGUGGCGGUACCGAUCGCGACCAACACCUCCCCGAUGACGAUUGACCUCUCCACCAAGAGCCUCAAUCAUCAGCAAAACGCGCACUAUCAGCAACCGCCGCACCACAACAACCCCACCUCGGUGCAUCAUCCGGUGCUUGGUCUUUCGACGACUCCACCCGCCUCGUCCGCACUGUCAUCGCUAUCCUCCUCCUCGUCCUCAUCCUCAUCAUCGUCGUCCUCUUCCUCAUCCUCCUCGUCGUCGUCGUCAUCGUCGUCUUCGUCGUCCUCGACGCUAACCGUAUCGCCGAUCGACGACUCCCAGUCGUCGCUAAACCUCAGCAACGGUUCCAGCACUGGCGGGUACAUUGCCAACCACAGUGCCAAUGGUGGCGGCACAACUGCCGCAGGCAUCGGCAGUUCGUCCCCGUUGCCACCGGGGUUGACCAGUGUGUUGCCGAUCAACAUCAAUAGUGUGUUGCAGGCAACUGCCGUUGCCGCUACUGCUGCGGGAAAUGGGACACUGAACGGAACGAGCCCCAUCCUCGGCGCAGCACAUCAUCCGACAGUGCAGCAUUUGCCGCUGGAAUUGCAACAGCAGGUAGCAGCGGGCCUGUCGGUGGCGGCAAUUAAUUCGCAGGGUGCAACCGGUGCCGCUGCGUUGUACGCUAACAUCCCGACCGGUACGCGGCGAAGGACGACUAGCUCCAACAGCAAUGGUGUCGGUACGCGUGAGGUACACAAUAAGCUUGAGAAAAAUCGUCGGGCUCAUCUGAAGGAGUGCUUUGAGCAGCUGAAGAAGCAGCUAAGUCUGCAACCCGACGAGAAAAAGAUCUCCAAUCUGUCCAUAUUGCACGCAGCCAUUCGGCACAUACAGCUGCAAAAGCGCAAGGAGCGCGAGUACGAGCACGAAAUGGAGCGGUUAGCGAAGGAGAAAAUUGCGAACCAAAAUCGAAUUCUGGUGCUGAAGCGCGAAAUCACACAAAUGGGCGAUAUCGAUGUAUCCCGGCUGGCACCGGACACCGAUAUUACGCCCAACCCCACCACCAACGGCACGGGCAGUCUCAAUCUUGUCCAGUCCAGCACCGUGCAACCGGAGCGAGAUCAACAAUCAGAUAUAAUAGCGGUUGGAUCUAACAUACCGGGUCGUAACGGAAUUCGAUACAGUUCCAGUAGCUCGCUGUCCAGUAUAGCUACGAAUGCCUCCAUCAGUAACCUGCCGCUUCAAACGACAAUCUCUCCGGUGCUAUCCGUGUCAUCGCCAACGCGUGCCAGUCCAGCACUUGCCCGAAGUUCGACGUCUCCUUUAUCGUCCCUUUCGUCGUCCUCGCCGUCCUCGUCGGUAUCCUCCAGCUUAUCGGUGUCGUCCGCAGCAACGAACCUGCUGGUUCCGCUCUCACUUACCACCAAGGGUAACGGUAUGGAAGCGCACAGCGUUAUGCCGAGCGGUACCACCGGGCCGCAGACAACGGCGCUUAAAAUUACUGCCGCACCAUUGAACGGGCUCAAUCUGAGCAGUUCAUCGCUGGCCAUGGUGAACGGUACAAGUAUCAAUGGUACGAACGUCACGUUAAACGGUACGACCACAACAACCGCACCGUUGCCCGUUAUUGUCGGUGCAAAUGGUGCGACGAAUAUAGUUGGCAUUGCCCAUCCGCAGCUGCUGGCCACAUCGACUGCGGCGGGAUCACCGGCCAUCCAAACCAUCCCACUGAACCUGAACGUUACAUCCAGCGCUGUAAGCAAUGGGUUGGGCGGUAAUGGACCCACCUCGAUCGCCAUUACGACCGCCAACACGGUCGGUGGCGUUAGCGGAGCGCUCAGUCUGCCCAGCCAGGCCCUCCAGCUGACCAGCAAUGGUGGCAGCAAUGUCGUGAACAGUACGGCAGUCGUCGGUACGAUGGCAAGAUCGGUGUACAACACGUCAACCAUUGCACCGACGCUGCCGACGGCGGCAACGACGACGAUGGUGCACGUGCCGGCCGUAGGUAGCAAAGAACUGAUCAACGGUACGAUCGGCAAGAACGGUACCGUACGGACUGAUAAUAGUAAGCUUGAGAUUAUCGCAACACAAUCACAACCCACCAACCACAGCGCGGCCGUCAAUGCUACGGCGGCCCUCGACCCACCGGGAACGAAGGUUAUCACGAUCAUGAAUGGUAACACGUUCGCUCUGGCACCGCUGGAUAAGGACAGUAAGAUGGGCGUUGUUUACAGUCCCAUCUUGUUGCCGACAUCGCAAGGACUCCGCGUGAUACAGCAAGCCUCGAACGGAUUGGCAACGAUCGAGCUUGCGCCGCCGAAUGGCGGCAAUCGUCUGCAGCUGCAUUUAACUCACUAAGACCGUUGUAAUGUGGAACGCUGGUACCACGCACAGGGGUGUCGUUGCGUUUGUGAAUAGUAUGUGCGUACGGCCAAAUGUACGGCGUGCAGUAGAGAUCAUUCAUGGUCGCUUAGCGGGAACGAGCGAUCGUACAAAUAUAAUUAACAAACUUACAAAUACUACAAAACCAACAAUACGCACCACGGGGUGGGUGGAUAUGGUGUCCCAUGGAUGCGGCAUCAACGGGGGGACCAAAACUCUUGCAGUAGCAUCCAGACAUCCAGAUCGUGAACCGCAGUGGGCAGUGGGGGGCAUAGAAAGUGUCUUCGCCUACCGGCGCAUGCAGUUACACAUUUAUCUGUGUAGAGCAACGCCGGCGUACGGGAGCUUUUUUUAUCUACCACGAUAGCAUUUUAGUGCGCGCAGUAGAGUUUGCUAGUAAGCAAUCGAAUAGGGAAAGGAUGGCGACAAGGCAAAGUGUGUACAUUACUUAAUUGAACGACUGAAGCGAUUUGAAAGCCUAAAUGGGUGACCACUCCUUUAGCGAUCGAUGAUAUAGUAAGAAUCCCUAAACUGCCUGAACAACGCACGGAUUCGAAAGUACAGAUGAUCAUAAAGGAGAGUGUGGAAGAAAUACUGAUCGGUCACAUAUAACUAUUGUGCAAACAGCUAGUUCCUUGAGUAAGAUGGUAGCGAGCAAAGGGUAUUCAUCAUUUCGAGAACACACUCAUCCAGUUUCCUGCUUUUGGAAGGCCAGUAACAUUCAUCACUUUGUCCAGCGGGGACAAAAAGGGGGACAAACGAGAGACAAUAGAGUGCGAAGUAAUCCUACUCAUACCCGCGUAUUUUUUUUGUAUCGUCCGUACUCCACGAAGGGCACCAACCAACAUAAACUUAAUACAAAAAAAAACACACACACACAAAAUUCAUCGCGAAAUCAUCCAAAUCAUGUCCACAUGACCAAUUAGUCACAUGCCACCUUUUUACAGUACUUCUUACCCCCCUUGGAUGUGGGAAGCGAUCUGCGGGGGAAGCGUUUUUGUGUGCGUGUGGUGUUGUAAGGCUGUGAAAAGCAACAUAAAAAAUGAAAACAAUGCGGAGCAAAGCAAAUACGAGCUGAGAGCGGGGACGUUUGUGCAAGUUAUACGAAUCGGUUUCGGAAUUCUUCCUCUUUCAAAAACUGUCGGUGUCUCUCUCUCACAUUUAUGUUCGGGGCAUUGCUGUGUACUUGCGCGUGCCGCGUUCAGUUUCGAACGGAAAUGCGUACAAAACGAGGCAAACAGAGAAUAAGUAAAAAUAACAGUAAGAGCAGACGAAUACAAAUGGAGAAUAAUAUACGUUUUGUGUAUAGAAUCCACAGCAACAAACACAAACAAAACAACUAUAGCAGCAGAAAUAGAUUGGCGGAGAAGAAACAAACACAUACGAAGCACAGGUAAUAGAAUAAAUGUAUCAGAAUGGAAUUAUUCUUAAAUUUAGACACAUAACAAGCAAAACUAUACAUGCGAAACGUCAACAAAUAAGGCGUUAACCGAUAAACGCGAUAGAUUUGGUCAAUAUGGCACGGGAGAGAAUAGUAGAAUUAGUGUUUAGUGCGCUACUGAUUGCUACUGCUACUGUACUACAACUACUACUUCUAUUGCUACGCGAUCACUGUUGUGUUUAGAAUAGUAAACGUGUGUUGAUGUGCAUGUAUGUGUCUUUAUCAGUGUGUCCUUUUGUGUGUGUGCGUGUGUGGAACCACAGAGUUCACAAAGGGGAAUGUACACAAACGGCGCGAUCGCAUAUUGAAUCUGAUCGCUUUAUAGAAGGGAGAGAGAGGGAUCAACUUGACCAUAAACUACAUAAUAGAAGCAAUGUUUUUUUUUGUAGUGCAAUAGUGUUGUGCGGAGAAGCGAUGCGAGCAAACAUUUUACACAACCAACCAGCUCUAAAAUGAAAGCAACAAUUAGAAUAUUACAUUCGUAACAUAGUUCUAAAACAAAAUUAAAAAAAAACAACAAAGGAUACGUUAACUAAACAAGUGUAGUGUAGAAAAUGUAGCCAGCGAACGCGUUCGAAACUGAUUCCGAAUUUGUAAAGUUUCGGUUAAUGCUAGCAAGAAAGUGUGUGUGUGGUGUUGUAAAACCCACUACACGCCAGUACAUUGCCUGGCUGCUAAUAGGUUUUCUGCAUUUCCUAUGCCUUUCCACAAUUGGUUUUGUUUCUCUGGAAUUGGGAAAAAGACAGGUUCAUGUCAUAACGAAACAAAAGGCCCCACAAUCAUGCAUGCAUGAUCGUUCGUGGUGAUUUGCGUGCAGCGCGUUUUGGCUUGCGUUGAGGGCUGAUGAGACACAAAGACUUGGUAUUAACUACUGAACCGGCAAACUAUUCGCUUGUUUCUCGCCAACCCGGCGGAAUCAUUGAGAGAAGGAAUUAUAUUUUUGCAACAGAGUGCAUAAUCUAUCUUCUUAAAGUAAAAGGUAACAAACGAAACAACAACAAAAAAACAAUCAAUAAAAAGUACCAAAACACACACACAACACACCCACACACUCAUAUACACAAACAUGUAUAGUGAUCGAUUGAUCAUAUUCCAAAAGUGUGCCCGAUCAAUAAACCAUCCGCACGAUGGUGGUAAGCAAAGAAAGUGCCGGUUGAAGCAACAAGCCACAAACGAAACAAAAAAAAAGAAAACAAGGGCGAGAUUAGGCGACAUAGUUUAUGAAACUUGUACGCAGCAAAGGAUAAAGGAUGAACUCGAUGAAACAUAUGAAGCAGGAUAAAAGAGAGAGAGAGAGAGUAAACGAGUACAGCACAGUCAGAAGCGAACAGAGCAAACGCAGCACUUUUACGUACACAAUUUGUAAACCAAACAAAACAAAACAACAAAAAAAGUAUAUAUAUUUUUGUAUUGUAAAUAUAUUGUAAUAAUAGCACCAGGAGACAGUUUGAGGAAAGUGGGCUGCAAAACGAAGCAACAACGUGUGGCAACAAACGAAACAAAUGGAAAAUCAGUCAAAACACGAUGAAGGAGGAUAAAACAUAACAAAAAAAAACGAAACGAAGUGCAUGAUUGUAAACUACGGUAGAAGUUUAGGCGAAGAAACGAAAGAGUGAUAGGAAAACGAAUGUAUGUGUGUAUUUAUUACUUUUUUAAAAAUUUGUUUUGUUUUUUUUGUUUGUGUUGCAUGAAGCAAUGGAGAGGAGGAGGGAGAGUGUUGAUUGAGUGAUUCUACAAAAGAAAAAGGAAAUCCCAAGGCUACAAGAAGCAGAAAACGUCCACACAACGAAUGUAUUGGUACGUGAGCUAAAAUGGAUAGUUUUCAAAGGUAAUGCUGGUUUUGGAGUUGUUGAAAAAAAAAAGAUUGCGGGAGUAAACUGUUAAAAAUCCCUGUAAUUGUAGCAACACACAACUCACUACCAAAACCCAAAUUCCUCUGCUACACAAGCUAUUAGAAGCGACUGAUAAGAAAAUAUAAUUAAAGGGAUAUAUGAGAUCGAAAAGGAUGCAAAGGAAAGCAAAGCAGAGAAAAAGUGCAGGAGAAAACAGAAAGGUGUAAAAAAAUGUUUAGAAAUUUAUUUUAAUGCGUUUUAUUUUAUGUUUUAAGUCACUAAGUUUAUUAUAUAUUGUACAGUAUUUAAAACAACACAACAAAACACACAAAGCUGUAAUAAAAAUAUUAAAUCAAACAUAAUAUCGCGAACAUCAUGCGUGUGUGUAACAACUCUGCUGUGGAGUGGAGUAUGGAAAAUGCGUUUCAGUGUUAAAAGCUCGGAACGCGAACAAACGGUACACGCAUAAGAAUGGCAAGGGCAAGAGCAAUCAGUUGUAGAAAAAGUAUGCUGGGUACUGGGUCUGCUGUAAAACAAUUUGCACUAUUUUCUUCAACCAUCAAUCAUCAACCAAUGGAACAAUAGAGCAACGGUUAUGGAAAACUGUUUGCAUAACAAGUCAGUUUGAUAUUUGUGCAGUUUCGAAAAAAGAACACAAAAACUUUCAAACUUUUAACCUGCCUGUCGGACCGGGCACGUAAAUCAAAAACAUUUAUGUAAAAAAAACAAGAGAAAACAAUACACACAUUCAUGCAAAAAGGUACAAAUGAACCCAAACCUCCAUGUCACGCGCAUGUGAGGAAGGAUGUUUGGAUAACUGAAGAAAACAAAACUUGGAAAGUCUGAGUUGAAACAAAACAAACGGCAACAUUACAAAACUACAUACACGCAGUACACAACAUAGAAACCCCCCAAAUCAAUAAACUGUAAAGGGAUGUAGAAAGACGCGGCGCAACAGCAAGUACAACGCAACAACGGUGCUUGGUGUGUUGUGAGGAGAGCAAGAGUGAUUUUUGGUGAAACAUGUGCAUAAAACUAGAAGAACGAUUGUGUGUCGUCAUUAAACAGGGGACGUGUAGAGAAGCAAACAAAAAAAUGGAGAUGAAAAAUAGGAGCGAGAAACAAACAAGAGAAAAAAAAAACACUCAGCCGAAACAGAAACUGUAGUAAUAAAACUAUCACCAUAUGGUAAAUACAU